AUGGUGAAUGAAAUGGUUGAUGAUGAACCAAAAUCCCUAGGAAGAUGUUCUGUGUUUACUUAUGGUGUGGGACACAUGCUGAAUGAUAUAACAUCUUCCUGUUGCAAUGCUGCAACAGUCACACUUACUGGUCAGUUUGCUGAUGCAUUUAUGACCAUAAUAGCUGGUGAACUGAUAGACAGGUUUGGUCAUUUCAAAAUAUGGCAUGUCAUGGGAUGCCUGUUAGUUGCUCUAUCGUUUACAUCACUCUUCGGUGGUUGCCUCCCUUGCAAAAUUCUUGGGUCUGAUUCACCUGUCGUUCAAACCGCUGGUUACUGCAUAUCUGCAGUGAUUUUCUGCAGUGGAUGGUCUUGCACUCAGAUAUCACACAUGUCAAUGGUGAAUGGAGUCACACUAAACCCAGAAAGCAGAGUAGCCUGUGUUAGCUGUCGCAAUGCUUUUACAAUGAUUGCAAGCCUAAUCUUAUAUGUGAUCGUAUUUUUCGUCUUCAAUAAGGAAACUUCUAGUUCACAGGUUGACAUUAAGAAUCAGUACCAAUUGAUGGUUUAUAUUUCGAUUUUCAUUGGAGCAGUCUUCGUGAUUAUAUUUCAGCUUGGAACUAAAGAACCGAGUUUAAAACAAGAAUCUAAUGGGAAACGUGCUACAGCUUCGUGGACAUACUGGUUGAAGAAAGUCCUAUAUUACCAAGUACUUAGCAUCUAUGUGUUAACUCGAGCUGUGACUAAUGUCUCUCAGAUUCCUGCCAUCAUCUACUUAUCAAGCUUCGUUGCGUCUGUCCUCCUGCAGGAGCUCAAAUGGAGUGGUGAACGGUUGAAGGCCUUCUUUUCCGCUGGGGGUCUCCUUUGCCUAUUUUGUGGCACUGCAAUAAUUUUCCUCCCAAUAAACAUGCAUGCUUUUAUGUAUGUCUUGUCCAUACUUAUUGGCAUAGCAAACGCGUUGAUGAUGGUAACAGCAAUAGGAAUGGAAAGCGAGCUAGUUGAUGAAGAUCUUGAUGGAUCUGCUUUUGUUUAUGGAUCAUUGGGCUUUAUUGACAAAGUUUUAUGUGGAGUGUUUUUGUACUUUCUUGAGUCUUAUGAGAGUGCAGAUCCUGUUCCCUGUGAUCUAACAUAUCCUUGUUUCUCCGUUACACGAUUUUCUCUAGGUUUCAUUCCAGGGAUUUCUGCUUUAAUUGGAGUUGUAGUCGCAUUCUUCAUAAGAUGUUUUGAUGAUCUCCUCACAAAUGCAGGGACCCGGUCCUCUGCAGAGUGUGCUCGUCCAGGUCCAUGUGCUAUACAGGUGGAAAACAAUCGCGUCAGAGGUUGGCGAGGUCGUCAGAGUACCACACCAAUCAGAAUGGAUGAGGUUGUUUGUCCAACGGUUAAUACUUCUUUAUGA